GAUUUUUACAACAAACUUGUAGAAAUCCUGGUAAAGUAAUUCGUAAGCGACAAGAUGGCGGAACACAGUGUCAUGACAGAACUGGAAAGAGCGUCUCAAGUGUUCAUGGCCCCACCUGAUGUGGUGACCCGAGAACAGAGACAAGGAGCUCAGGACCUGAUUUUGAAUUUCCGCAAAACUCGCAUGCCAUACAGUCUUUGUCAAUACAUUCUCGAAAACAGCAGAAAUGACUACACUCUAUUCCAAGCUGCGUCGACAAUUAAAGAAGCUAUCAUUCGGGACUGGUCCCUGAUGGAGCCGGAUGCUAUUGAGUCACUUCGCUCCUUUCUACUCCGAUACAUCACAAAUCACAUCACUCUGCAGAGUUAUGUUAGAGAGCAGAUCCUUCAGACAGUGGCAGUGAUAUUAAAAAGAGCAACGCUGGACAAGAAAGGGAAAAGCUGUGACGGUUUGUUUGAGGAUGUCACAGCUCUGAUCAGCAGUGGGAACAUAACCAUGCAAUUGGUAGCCUGUUCUAUGUUGACCUCCCUGCUGAAUGAGUACUCUUACACAAACCGCACCAGCUGUGUGGGCCUCACCUGGGAGUUUCACAUCAAGUGUAAACGGGCUUUUGAGCAAUCAGACCUGAAGAGGGUGUUCAUGUUCUCCCUGCAAGUUCUCAACGAGAUCGAGGCUCAGCCGGACCCCCUGAGCCGCGAGGCCACAGCCUUCCUGAACAGAAUCUUGUCCAUAGCCGAGCAAGUGCUGAGCUGGGAGUUCACACCUCGUACAGUGAGGAUGCAUAACAGUGCCUUUAAUUCCAACCCAAACUCCUCCCUGAAACCCCCCGAGAGCUGGAGAGAUGUGAUGCUGGAAAAGUCCACCCUUUCUUUGUUCUUUAGGAUCCAUCAGAAGGCCAGGUUCAACAGCGACAUGGCCCACCACUCCAUGCAGUGCCUUAUACAGCUCGCUUCUCUCAACGGCAUCAUCUUCACCAAGGAAACACAGCCUCAGUAUUUAGCGCAGUUCUGUGAGGGUCUGCUACACAUGUUGUCCAAUAUUGAGCUUCAAGAGUACGAGAACUUCGGCACGGCGUGUAUCUUCAAGCACCUGGUGCUCAUGUUCCCUGUUCAGCAUUUCAACAGCUUGACCGCGGUGCUGUUCAAGUCCUUCAUCAACACGCUCACCUCACUCACCUGCAGCAUCGGGCGACUGGCAGCUCAGGAAGAGUCGCUACACAAAGACGACACGAUCUACAUGGAGUCGUACGAGAAGCUCCUGGAGUCGUGGAUGUGCCUUAUCCGUGAUACGAGCUCACUGCCCCCCGGCACACUGGUCAGCCCCGCCACGGAAAUCUUCAACUCCUACAUGCAGUGCCACCUGGCCGCUCCCGAGGGCAUCCGGAACACCGGUGGUGACAACUCAGAAGAGGACAUAGAUGAGACAGACGAAGACGACAGAUUCAAGUUCUCUGACCAGCUGUGCUGCAUCGGAUCUCUGGGGCGCAUCAUUCCGAAUCACUCGGUGCCUCUCUUGUCGAGGAUACUGGAGGAUCGGGUGUCUCAGUUCAGCGGCCACCUGCAGCGUCUGCAGCAACAGCGCGACAUGGUGAGCAGCCACGAGACAACCGUAGAUAUUAGUUGCCUUCAUGCCCUGCAUGAAGAUCUGCACUGGAUUGUCCUAGUCAUUGGCAAUUUCCUGGCGGACUCUGCUGAUGGAGAGACGCCCACCAUUCCUGCAUCAGUGAUGAAAUACUCCAUAGACCAGGCCAAGUCAGUGGACAUUAAUACCACGCUCAAGAUGAUGUCUUCACCCGGUCAAAAAUUGGAGCCAGCGGAGGAGUCAAGUGUUGAUGGAAUUAUGAGGCUAAUCACGGCUGUGUUCCGGCUGUGUGAGGUAGAGAACCGAGCCGUGGAGGCGAAGCUGUCUGAGUUCCUGAGUCCCCAGGUGGGCAGCACGGUCAUGUGGUUCCUGGAGAGAUGGUCGGACGCCUACCUCCUGCACGACGAGAUGGACUACACAGAGAUGAGUCUGGCUCUGGCGACGGCCUUUGGCGCGGACACUGAUGGGGUGCGGUGGACCAUGAACUUCGUCUUGCAGAAGAUCUUCACCACGCUGUCAGUGUGGGGCUCGGAGCCCGCCCUGGUCAGCGACACGCUCGAGCUGCUCAUCGACAUGGCAGAACAAAGUUCAAGGUCCGUGUACCUGAGUCAGUCCGAAGUGCUGUGGAGCCUGGCGCGUCUGGAGAUGAACCAGGAACCCCCGGUGGCCACCCUGUCCCCCGAGGCCCGCCGGCAGUUCAUGAAGGCCAUGGUGCUGGCAGGCUGUGGCAUCAAGGACUCCUCGCAGGAGGAGCAGUACUGGAAACUGUUAUUGCAGUCGAACCACGAGCGGUUCUUGCACCUGGUAGAGUCCCCGGACUUCAAGGCGGGCAAAGAAGGCUGCAGGCAACAGUUCCUCUACCUCCUCGAGUCACUCAUCGGCGUGGCCACCGCCACACAGAACUCCAUCACAAAGGAAAUGUUCCAGUUCAUGGGUCCCAUGUUGGCCCACGUCGUCACGGCCAUAGACAUCCACCAUAACUACGACGACAUCGUCACCACAAGUUUCGAGUUGUUUUCUGAAGUUGUUGCCAAAAUGCUCACAUUCCUUAACACUGCUGAUUCACAAACUUUGUACAAACUUUGCCUGUCCGCCAUUCAGAUGUUUGCUAAGCACAAUACAGGUCGUCAAUGCGUUAGUGCCGAAGACGAACAAGAAACCAAGUUCAAAGACAUAAUUCUCAUCAUGGAAAUGUUGGCCAAUCUCAUGACCAAGGACAUUCUGGACUUCAGUAAAGUGGAGGGACAGGUGAACGGCGACCACGCUGUGGACGGUGCCGAUGUGGUCAUCUACGGCCUGGAGCUCAUAGUUCCCCUCAUGAGUGCAGAAAUGCUCAAGUUCCCCGUGCUGUGCAGCAGCUACUUCCGUCUCAUCUCCUUCCUGGCCGACAUCCACUCGGACAAGUUCUGCCAGCUGCCCCAACAACUCUUCAACAGUAUCAUGGCUUCUAUAGAGCUCGGAUUCUCCUGCUGUGGGGUAGAUGUGUCAAGGAUGCUGUUCGAGUCCAUCCUGGUCACUGCCUCUCAUUCCUUUCAGAACAGCCAAACCACUCAGCAUUUGCAGCCCACGCUGGCCCACUUCCUCAAGCUGAUCUUUCGGAUGUUGCUCCUGGACAACUUUGACCUGAGCCUGCAGGAGAUUGGCAGCACCACCUUGUUCUGUUUGAUCUGUUGUAACCAGGAAUUGUACAAAAACUUAGUCAACGAACUGAUCCAGAUGCAGCCAGAAGAAUACCAGUCCCGCCUGCUUCAAGCUUUCAACGAACUCACUCCUCCGACAUUACCUCUCUCCAUCUCACGACAGAACAAAAUCACCUUCCGGUCCAGUUUUGACUCUUUCCUAGUCAACGUGAAAGGUUUCCUCUGCGUCAGGUAGCAUGCUCAUCUCUGGCCGGCUGGCGAUGCCCCCCCUCCCCCCCUCCACUCACCCCCUCAUGACUGCCCUGUCUUAUGCUGGUUGUGAAGGAAUACAGAACUUCCUUUUACUCUUACCCCGUUAUCGUAUACAUACUCAAAUGAUAAGUUUGGGAUCACACGCACUGGUCCAUGUACACAUUGCGCACGGUUUUCGUGGAUAGCUUGCUCACUUUGUUGCAAAAAAGGAAGGCAAACGUUGCCUGACAAGAUCGGCGGGCCACUUUUGGUGGCAAUGAAUGCCUGGGACCUUUCAAAGUUGUACACCCCCUAUGUCAGUAUAAUUUUUUUGGUAUUGCUUUAUUUAUUUUGUAGGCUGAAGUCCCGUUUUCUUUAUCCCAAUCGAGAAUUUUGGGAUCCCAUCUGCUUUUUAGUUAGUGUCUGUGGGGCAGUUUUUCUGUUCAAUGGACUCAAAGAAGACUAGAUCAGUAUUGGCAGUGAGAUUCUUAAUGAUGUGUCACAAUGCUAGAAAGGAGUAGUAUUUUUUUUUUGUUUCUUUGGCAGAGAGAGAGAGAGAGAGAUAGGGUGUCAGAAGAUGAAUAAUUCUGAACAGAUUUGGUAGCAUCACCAGUGUUGAUUGAACCUAUUUUUCUGUUUAUGUGAGAGAGAAGGAGAGAGAAAGGAGGAGUAAGGUUUUAAGUCAACAACCAGUAGAUGUAGUUGGUUUGUUGAAUUUUGACUCCCAUAGUCACUCUGAUGGUGUGAAUGUGUCUCAUAGUCACUCUGAUGGUGUGAAUGUGUCCCAUAGUCACUCUGAUGGUGUGAAUGUGUCCCAUAGUCACUCUGAUGGUGUGAAUGUGUCCCAUUGUCACUGUGAUGGUGUGAAUGUGUCUGGCAUGGGGAGAAGGAACAGCUUGCUGGACUGUGAUGGUCGAAGAUUGCACUGGAUGAAACACCAUGGGAUGAAACGUGUUUGUACAGCACAAGGGACAACUGGAUACUAUGCCGGAUGAAACAUGGAUAUUAUGCUGGACAGUGCUGGAUAAAACAUGAAAACUGUGUUGGGUAAAACAUGGAUAUUGUGUAGAAUAAUACAUGGAUGCUGUGCUGGAUGAAGAAUGGAUACUUAGCUGGAUAUGACUCAUGGAUACUGUUCUGGAUAAAUAGGUGCUCGUGAAGGACAGCCAGAUAUUGUGUUGAUUCCUCACUAGCGGAGCUGCCUCUGUGGUUGCAGUGAACAUAUUGUUAUUAGCUGCUACUGCAUUGGUGUUGACCAUGAUAUCAUGAGCUUUGCUGUGUGUGGCUUGAUAGUGUUGAUUUUUUGUGCAGGAGUCUGUGUGUGUGUGACUUGACAAUGUUGAUCAUUUGUGUGGGGAUGGAUCUGUGUGUGCGUGACAUAUUUUUCGAAACAUUUUGUUAUCUAGUCUUUCUUAACCAGGGUGUCUUUGAGGUUAGUUUUACAACCGGGGGAAGUGUUUACUUGUAGCUUGUGGUCUUAGAAUAGAAGAUAUCGAGGUUCUGUCAGCUCCUGAGAGAUAAAUUAAAAAAACAACCUGUUUAAGGUCUGUCUACCAUUGGCAACAUUUUUGUGAUAGCAGGGAAAGUUUAAAAAAAAAAUUAUUGCUUUCUUUCCUGGUGCAUUUUUCUAAUUCCAAGUCAGAUGGUUUUUAAAAAAUGCUUCAAAAGUCGUUGCACUGCAGUAGUGUGAUUGCUACAGAGUUUACAUUUGGUUACAAUUAUAUGAAGGAGAUGUUGAGGUUCUGUCAGUUCCUGGCAUAUUUGUCCUCUCUUGAGCAUGAAAACUGGGCACAUGGUCAUUUUGUGAAACCAGACUGAGAGUGAAUCACAGUUUCAAUGUGUCCUCUGUCGCAGUUUCAGCGCUUGAGUGAUUUGGCCUAAAUAAAGGUCCCGAGUCAGCAACAGAAUUUGUAAGGAUGGUUUUAUUACUCUUGAGAGCCAAGAGGAUGUUUGAGUAUGCAGGAAAAUUGCAGUGACUUAAUGUUUGGUAUGUAGUGGCUGUCUUAAAAAAAGAAAAUAUAUAUGGCUUCAAUCAAAGUGGUGAGGAAAUGUUGCUAGCGUCUCCUACCUUUAUUUCUUUGCUAUAUGGUUUGAGUUUCUUGGCAGUGUGCCGAGUUUUGAAAACAUUCCUGUCUUCUUUGUACAUAGCUUUCUGCAAUUGUGAAAAGAGAGAAAGGUUUGCAAAUUAUUCCUUCACUCUGUUUGAACCUAUGUGUUGCACGUAAAAGACAGAUCCUGGUGUUUUGUUGGGUUUUUUUGUUUAUUUUUAGCGUGUUUGUGAGUAGUGAAUUGUUUUCUGACUGUCAGUCUUAAGUGGAGUCUCAGUUUAUUAUUAUAUUUGAACGUAUUAUUUGUGUCACAACAUGAUGGAAUCAGGCGCUCGUCUAUUUUUGGGCAUAUAAUGGAUUCAUUUAUAUUAUAGUCUUAAAGUUUAUUAAUUUGUCUUUUUUUAAUGUAAAAAUACCUGUCUCAAUCUUGAGUAGAAGUUGAGAUUUUUACGAUUGAAGGAGGUGGGAUUGCUUGGUGUUGGAGGUAAUAUUAAGGAGAAAAUGGUUGUCUAAGUUUGGUGACUUUCAGAGCUUGAUAGCCCUUGGAAACUGCAAAUAUUUACUUUUUUUGUGCUUUUGAUCAACGUUUUUCCGUAAAAUCCACACAGACAUGUACUUUUAAAUGGACAUAAAAAAUUGUCUGUUUCUUAGAUUAUUAUUAUGAUGAGCAUCCCACCUCACCGCGAUGCCACACAAAUGGACAUGAAGACAAAUAAUUGCCCUGUUGGAUUGUUGUAAGUCUCACUCAAUACCGGUAGUCAGAUGUUAGUGACCCUGAAACAUAUCAGAUCUGGCCAGAGCAGGCCGUUAUUAUGGGAACUGCUGGUGUGUGAAUAGGAGACUACUAAAACAACACUGAUUAUUCCUGCGUGUUGCUUUGUACCCUCAGCCUUUCUUUAUGGGAAGACAUGCGGGUGUUAUGUUAGCUCAGUUAGUAUCAUGAUGGACAAGGAAGCAGAUGACCCUGGUUUGAAUCCUAGACUGGGUUUUUUAAAAACUCGGAUCAUUUUGUGGAGUUUUCAAGGUUCUCGACCCAUUUUGGCGGGGUCCUAUCGGAGAUAGAUAUUAAAUUCGGGGGUCCAGCCUCUUAAAUAAGCUAAUAGUGUUGACUGCGGUGCUAACCCCGUAUACUUACUUUUUUACUGGGAAAAUAUGUUCACUUGAAGUAUGUCUCAUUGAACAUAUUCCAGUUUUUCUCGUUUUCUCGGCUGAUGAGGUGUGAAAAAAAGCAACAACCAUACCCACGCUGCUCUCUUUUACUUUUGUUAUUGCCAUUUUCUGUUCUUAGACGGGCGAAAAGACUUGAUGAUGUUUGACUUGCAUGAUUUUGUUAGAUAUCCGACUACCCAGCUUUCUGUGACAGGUUUAGCUGGGCCGCUAUGUCUUCUAAAUAUGGAGCUAUUUCCAUUUCUUUGCCUCCAUUUUUCGUGGGCUGCAUUGUGAUACCCUGUACCUGUUUCUUCUUUCUUCUUUCUGGGAUUUUUCUAAUCUUCUUGUUUGACCUGCUUUGUGGAGCAUUCUGACUUGCUAGCUGCUGAUGGAAAUGGUUUUUUCUUUUGUUUUGUUUUUUAAAAGUUUUUUUAAUUAUUUUUUUUAGUCCCUUUUUGUGUAAAGCUGUAUACACGAAUAUAUGAAAAACUGUUUACGUCUUGAUAAGCAUUCAGUCACAGGUUAAUGGGAUAGACAGUUCACACAGAAUGAUAACCAUGCUAACUUUGCCCUCUCACACUUUUCAAAAUGUCUUUGGUGCUUGAUGAGAUUUUUUGCUUUUUUUUAUCAGUGUAUUUAAUUUGUAAAUAUCUCCCCCCCCCCCUCCAAAUCACUUUUGCUUCCACUAAAUUUCAAGACUUAAAUGGAUGAACACGGUAACAAUGAAUGUCACGUACAAUAUAUUGCUUUGUCACAUAAAUUGGUAUACUGAAAUGGUUGUUUUUGAUUUGAUAUGCAUACAGUAUUGCCUUGGGAUGAAGCAUGUAAUGGCUUCGGGUCUGAUCCUCAUUUUUUUCUUAAGUCCGCACUUUCAUUUUGUCAAAAAAUUCAACAUUUAGUAUUUUUUCUGUUUUCUGUGGUUGUUCAGAACUAUGCAUUAGUCUGCCUUUUACAGUUCCUUUUUGUGGGGCAGAGGAGUGUCUCUUUCACGUACCAAUUUGUAGAAAAGAAAAAAAAGUGCACCCUUGCAAAGUAAGUAGCUUGUCAAUUCUUCCCAAGUGUUUCUUUUCUUAAUUUAAUUCUUGUUUUGGAAUUUUAGUGAUUUUUCUUCCCUUACUGAAUGUUGGGAUAAGGUUUAUCUCAUGGAGAUUUGAAUUAUUUUUGGAAAGAAUUGCUUGGUGACAAGUUUGAUGGGGUGCUUCCUGACUGUCUCACAUUCACAUCAGUGGUCAUUUUUGGUUGUCUGUAUAGCUGUACUAGUUAGACACGUAGGGAUGUGUAUACAUGUGAACAUUGUGCACCCUUGCAAAGUAGGUAGGGUGGCUGGGUUGGGGUUGGGGGUAACAGAAUAUUUUGGUCUUAACCUUUUGUCUUUUUUAAAUGAUAUAUUUUCUAACCUGCUGACUCCUUUGAGUUUCCUCAACUGAGACCUUGCAUAUCUUUAAUCUUCAAUACUCUCAGUUCAAAUUCAAUGCUCUAGAGUUUGAAUGUCAUACUGAUCUCACUUCACAAGUUUUUGUUUAUCAUAGUAUAAAGACACUCUACUGUGACUGCGUUGCACCUUGCAGUUUUAGUAACGAAUAGCAACGGCAGAUUCGCCCGUUACAGGUGUUCAUUUUUUAAAUUGUAAUUUAUGUCCACGCUAUCCAGAUGAUAAUUUCAGAGAUUUGUUUGUUUUCCGUGGAUGGGAUUUGUUUUCUUUGGAUAACACAACAAAGCACACCAGUCUUUCCUGCCCGUUACACUUUAUGUUGCACUGUGCCCAGAAACACGGAGGAAGCGGAUUUGGGUUUUGUCUUUCUUCUUCUGAUUGAGAUUGAUGCGUACACGUGUCGGGAUCUGAUUUGACGUAAUUCCUUAAUCAGAUUGAUUGGCCAUUGUUUUUUUACAGCUUGCUCACAAUUCAACACUCACUGCCACUGUUCUUCAGACUUGCAAAAAUAGAAUUCAGUCACUUGUGUUUGCCUUUUGAAAAAUUAA